CAUGGCAGUUUCUCCGCACAGCAAUUGUUUGAGAGCUCUCACUGUUUAUUUAUCUUGCUCUUGCCUCACAACACCCCAACCCCGCAUACAUAUUCCUCACUCAACCAAACGUCUGCCUACCAUCUACCACUCAACACCACACGUUGGAUCGCACAAUACUGAGGCCAAAUCACAAUGGGGGACUACAUCGAAGACUUCGAUGAGGUCGGGAGUCGCAUGAGCAUUGAUGAUAUGCCCAACGAUGAUAUGGCCAUCGAUGACUCUGUUUCUCCCGCGGUGGAGUCACAGACUCAUACCGCCUCCCGUUCCAAUAGGAACUUAAACGAAUCCCUCGAAGUGAGGAUGUCAGGAGAUUCCGAAACCGACACCAAGAAGGACUCGACUAUACGCAUGACUAGUGAAGCUUCGGACUAUCUCAACAAGCUCUGGAAGAGACGUCUUUAUUGGGACUUCUGUGAAGUAGAUGACGCUCAAAUAGAAUACUCGAUAACCGGUUCAUGUCGGAGUCCCGAGACUGCCGAGUUCUCCAUGCGAGCUAUAGUCCAAAAACUCAAGGCUGGAGUCGACCCUCGUGACAUUGUUUACUUGACGCCGCAUGAAGAUCAGCUAGAGCUCAUGUAUGAACUUCGAGAAGACGCUAUGGAAGAGGCGAGUAACCUCGAAGAUGGAGACACUGAAAACUAUGAUCCUGAAUACGCUACGCUUUCGGAAAAGCUAGAGGAUGUUUUCAUGAGUACCCUCGAAGAAUACUAUUUCAUGGGCGAGGGACACUUGGUUGCUGAUAUUCUUGCCGAUGGCGCUUACUUCUUUGACGAAGUUCAGUUCUUGAAGAUUAUGCUCUGCAAAUAUGCAUCCGUACAAGUCGUCUUGGGUCACAAGUCGUUCAAGGACUGCAACAAAAUGAUUCAUCCUUUCCUUGGCCUGCUUGGCGACCUCGAAGAGGAACCAGACAUUGAAAGCGUGGAUUGCGAAAUCUGCAGGAAAGAGCGCGAGGCAAUGGAUGAGGAAAUAUUGGCCAUGGAGGAAGACUACGGUUCAUGAACACUGCCCGGGCCUAGGCUUAACCCUUUUUUACCCAGAUGAUGGCAAUACGUACGGCAGCUCGCUUCGACAAACAGAUCUCAUCGAGUUGAAUGAGCUGUCUUCUGUGUCUCGGGAUUCAAGAUCAGUAUCACCUGUUUUUUGGGCUUUC